AUGCACAGCCCUUCAGAAACUCCGGCUGGGCACAUUGCUGAGAACCUUCUCAAAGCCAAAGAAAUAGCCCUCAAUAACCCUCAUGUACCUGAACAGCUCAGGAAUUACUUACAAAAAGCUCUUGAUGUUGCUCUUGGACUAGACCCUUACCUGGAUGCAAUGGCAGCUUCCAAGAGAAAAACUUCACCUGAGCACAUCCCAGGGGAUACUGAAGGAGUUGAAAGCAGUGUCAGGCUGCAGGAAACACGUGCCUCUGGCUCUUUGAAUGGCAAGUGGUUCAGCCAAGAGGGCCAAAUUUUUAGGAUGUUUGUCCAUAUGAUCAGAGCCAGGAAGAUAUUAUUAAUUGGCAAGCCUAAAGGUUACAGUAUCCUUGCUAUGGCAGAGGAAUUGCCAGACAAUGGCAAAAUCUUUGCCUGUGCAGAAGAGCCCUAUCUCGGAGUGUACAGCCAGGAGGCAUUUGAUCAUUCCCCAGAUGGCAAAAAGAUAAGCCUGCGAGUGGGACCAGUGGCAGACACCUUGGAGGCAUUACAUGCUGAGGACGAGCACUUUGAUAUAGUCUUUAUUGAUGCUGAUCAAAGGAAUGCUGUUCAGUACUACAGCUUUGUCAUGGAUAACCACUUGCUGAGCAUGGAUGCAGUGAUCUGUGUAGAGAAUACACUCAUGAAAGGACAAGUCUACCUGGAGAAUGUAUCAGAUGAAAAUGUACUAGCUGUCAGAAAAUUAAAUGCAGUGAUUAAUUCAGAUCCUCGUGUUGAGCAGGUGGUUUUGCCUGUGCAGAGUGGACUGAGUCUCAUCCGAAGGAGCUCUGUGCCUCCAGAUGCAGUGAUUGAGUCCAAGACACAAGUGGUGAAGGAUGAGGUUUUCUGGGGCUGCAACCGGCGCCGCAUCCUGGAGCGGCUGUGCUUGGACGGCAGGGUCGCCUAUGUCACAGGAGGAGGGCAGGGCAUUGGCAGGGCCUUUGCCCACGCCCUGGGGGAAGCUGGGGCUAAAGUGGCUGUGGUGGAUCUGGUCCUUGCCAAGGCAGAAGCAGUGGCAUGUGAGCUCAGCCUCAAAGGCAUUAAGAGCCUUGCCCUGGCAGCAGAUGUGAGCAAGCCUGAGGAUGUGCAAAGGAUGGUGGAUGCAAUUGUUGCUCGCUGGGGCACAGUCCACAUUGCAUGCAACAAUGCAGGCAUCAAUCUGAACUCUGCAAGUGAAGAGACUUCCCUGGAGGAAUGGGACAAAACUUUUAAUGUUAAUUUGCGAGGAUUAUUUUUGUGCUGCCAAGCUGCAGGCCGCAUUAUGCUGAAUCAAGGAUAUGGGAAGAUAAUUAACACAGCAUCUAUGGCAAGUUUAAUAGUUCCUCACCCACAGAAGCAGUUGGCAUACAACGCCUCCAAAGCUGGGGUCGUAAAAUUAACACAGACAUUGGGAACCGAGUGGAUUGACAGAGGAGUAAAAGUCAACUGCAUUUCCCCGGGCAUCGUUGACACGCCGCUGAUCCGCUCGCAGGAGCUGCGGCCGCUGGUGCGGCGCUGGCUGGCUGACAUUCCUGCUGGGAGGCUGGCCCAGCCCACGGACCUGCAGGCUGCUGUGGUCUACCUGGCCUCCGAGGCCUCUGACUACAUGACAGGCCACAACCUGGUCAUCGAGGGCGGCCAGAGCCUGUGGUGA